CAACGACGAAUCCCCUUAACAAGGCCGAACAGAUUAACCUGGAGACAAAGUUCAGGAAAAGCCCUUGUCUCAAUAACCCCUUCUCCUCCUUCCUCUUCAUCUUCCUCUUCGUCGUCAUCGUCAUUGAUACCAUUUCUCUCCCGAGAACCUUGCUCCUCCACCCCUCGCCGCCGGCAGCAUUUACAUUUAUAUAAACCAAGCAACCACAACUUGACAUUCCUCGAUUCCAAUCAGGGUCGGCACUUGGGCAUUCUGCCACAUUUAUUGCGCAAAACCACCGUCGGCGGUAACUAGACUACGCAAGUCUCCAGCCGGGGUAUAAUAACCGUCAUCAAAUUUACCGCGCCUCGUGUGGCCCUCCAACAGAAAUCAUGGUUCACCAUUCUCAAUCGGAGUGGCCGGCAUGGACUUAUUCCGUCGCUGCCACUGACGAUUUUACACAAUAUGCCCAGAUACCAGAGUAUCCGUUUCUUGCGGAAUCCAUGAAGGCUUACCAGGCACAACAUAACCAUCUUGUCCACCACCAGCAGAUGUCGCGAACAACAGAAUCAAAGCCACGACUUUCAAAGGAAGAGGUGGAGGUUCUUGAGGCCGAGUUCCAGAAAAACCACAAGCCAAACAGCAGUACGAAGAAGGCCCUGGCCGAGAGCAUGAGAGUUGACCAUGCACGAAUCAAUAACUGGUUUCAAAACAGGAGGGCUCGAGAAAAGAAGGAAAAUAAUAUUCGAGAAUACGAGGCUAGACAGCGAGCUGAAAAAGAAAGGACAGGCGGAGAGAUGGGUCUCCAAGGCUCUGAUCGCAAGCGUGACCUGGUUGCUUCUUCUGCUCCCUUCCCCGAGCCGCGACAGGCUUCGCAAGCCAAAGAACAGUCCCCGGACGCCCCCUCGCAGCUCUCAACGGCAUCUGAGAGCUCCACCGAUGCUUAUGGAACAACACCGCCAGUUACUCCCCAUCUCGGCUCAACGUCUUCUCUCGUCUUCCGCCCCUUGGACACGAUGCUGUCUAUUGAAAACACUUCCGACGAGUAUGCCAACGAAUACCAGGAGAUGGACCUUGAGCGGAUAACGGCCUUCUUGGACCAGACCGGCAUCCCAAGCAGCCCAGGCAGACAGCUCAAGUCACCCUGCCCUGCAGACAUUGCCUCUCGCCGUAACCGCCAGACCCCUCAGCUAUCAUUCAACGGCCCGCGAAGCUACUCGGGCGGCCCUAGAACUGGAAUUGAUGCGGCUAGACGCCCCGAGCAAGUUGCUUCUAUGCGUCGAGUUGUCUCUACUUCAGGAACAGGGAGAGUUCGCAAGUCGUCUGCCUCUGCUGCCACGCCACGCAGCCCCUUUUUUCAAAGAAAUCGCUCACCAAUGGCCCCUGGCUCAGCGGCACCGCCCACGCCAAACACCCCCGUCGUCACAGAGCCACAAAAUGCCAACGGUGGCCUGUUCCCUCUCACUACCAAGUACUCGUCGUCGGCUCUGAUUCAAGAUCCUACCUUGCGCACGCCACCGACGACACCGGCCUUCUUGGAGAACUUUGUGUUCCAUAACAACGGUGCCUCCUACGCGAUGGGCAACUUUGGCGCGAGGUCAUAUUCCGACGAUCUUGAUGCGUCAAUUCACGGAACGGCAGCAGACUAUGAUGCUAGUAUCAAGGCUUGCUCUAGUCAGCCUACAACCCCCAUGUUUCCUUACCAAAUGGGUGCUGGUUAUUUCUCUGGCUACGCAGACAACUCUGACUACAAUUGGUCCUUUUCACCAAACAGCGGCGAGUCAGCUCCAGAGUUUGGCAUGCCCUAUAACUCAUCUAUGAGCAUGCUUUAAAUUUUUGGAUAAGCAAGCACAACACUACCAAGAACUAGAUGCGCAAGGCACGUCUCAGUUUUCUUUUAUAUCUGGCUAACUGCCAUAUUGCACACUCCCUCGUUUGAGAGUUGUGUCUGCAAUUAUGUAUACUAUAAACGGCCGUGGCUGUCAUUUUUCCUUUGUUUAUUCUUUCCUUUGUAAGGCUUGGGCUAGCGGUUAGCAUAUACAUUAGCAUUGGACUGUAUGAGGAGCGGCAUUUUGGUUUCUAGUUUUGAGCUAUGGAAGCAGCUUUUUUUUCUGGGGGACCUGGUUUUUCCUUUGUUAUGACUCCGGUGCUGUUGGAUCCUGCAUGAUUAGUGCCUCCAUUGGAGACACCUCUGUCCAUGUUUGGCGCUCUGGCGUGGGAUUGGGACUGAAAUACCCCGGGGUUAGAAGUGAUUGGAAGUGCGACGAGAUAACUACGCAUACUAUGUGACCUUUUGCAGUUAAAUAAUAGCAAAAUAUGAAGUAUCUAUACC